CCAGUGACAAUAUUGUGUUUGGUUGGACGCCACCAUGAAGUCAUUUGCGUUUGUAGUACUUGUCGUCCUGUGUGUUUGGGCUACAAAAUUAAAUGCAUUUGAGAACAAGGCCAUGAAAGAAACUUUUGCUAAAUGUGCUAUGGAACAAAAAUUGACAAAAGAUGAUAUAGAGAAAUUGAGUAAAAAAGAAAACCUUACAGAUGAACGAUAUAAGUGCCUUGCUAAAUGUGUUGGUGAAAAAGAAGGUGUGAUUAAAGAUGGAAAGUAUAACAAGGAGGGAGCAAUUAAAAUCGCCAAGAAAAUGUUUAGUGAUGAUGCAGAAAAACUGAAAAAGGCAGAAGAAGUUGCAGGGGAGUGUGAUGAAACAUUGAAGGAUAUACAAUCCAAAGAAUGUGACUUUGGACCUGCAGUCAUUGGUUGCUUGGUUGGAGGAGCUAAAGAAAAGAAGAUAAUGCCUGAUAAAAUGGAAUGAAAUAAGGGAGUAGAAAUAAACAAAACUAAGAAGAUAACCAAGUAUUACAAUGAGGAAAUGAACAUGCAAAAAUAGUAAUAUCAGAAUUUGUGGAGACAUAUUUUAAGUAGAUUUAUUACAAGGAUAUUUUGUAGUAGUCUACAUAUAAUGAGGUUUGCAUGUUUUUAAAGAUAAGCUAAAAUAAAGUAUUGUAUUUCAAAAUCAUUUUGCUUAUACUAAUAAAUAUUAUUUUUGUUUCA